GUGCCGUAUCCGCCGCGGUGGGGAGAGGUUGUGCUCGCAACUUGUGCCAUAAUAUCCCCUCUGUUAAUCUCGAACCCCAAGAAAAUAAAGUGAUAUAGUUAUCGUACAAGAGUGUAUGUGAUACUCCGAGGCCGCUGGUGCUUCUUGGAUUUGAUACAGACGCACAACACGGGUGCUUCCAUAAACACCACCACGCAGCAAGUGUGGGCUUGUGGGUGGUGUUAACACGACUCUCCACACCGAGGAAUAUAGAAUUCGAGUGCGAGUGGGGUGCGAGCUAACACAGCACUCGGAAAAAAAGGAAAGGGUGUAAGGAACACGAAAUCUUGUGAUAUUUUUUGCGAGCGAGUGAAGUCCACACAAACCGCCAUUCAAGAUGAUGGCGGACGGUCAGCUGAUCGGUGACGGGUCGUGGGAGCUGCACGUCACCGUGACCGACUUGCAGGUGGAGCGGAUCCUGAGGGUGAAGAGCGACCUCCACAUCGGCGGAGUCAUGCUCCGGCUCGUCGAGGAGCUGGACAUAGCAGUUGACUGGUCAGACCAUGCCUUGUGGUGGCCCAAGAAGAACAUGUGGCUGACCCACACCAGGUCAACACUGGACCAGUAUGGAGUUGGGGCAGCGGCACAGUUGGAGUUCACACCCAUGCACAAGAACCUCCGCGUACAGCUCCCAGACCUUCGCUACAUGGAUUUUAGAGUGGAUUUCUCCAUCAAGACUUUCAAUGCUGUGGUCCAGCUCUGCAAACAGCUCGGAAUCCGUUACCCUGAGGAGCUGUCCUUCUGCAAGCCAAUUACCCAAGACAACCUCAAAUACAACUACUCAGAGAAGAUGAUUAAGAAGAAAAGCACAGCGGCCACAAAGAACGGCACCCCUGCCGACACUAACUCCUUCAUUGCCAACCAGUCGCACAACUCGAGCAAUGGCUCCCUGGACCGCUCAGCUGCCUCACACCACAUGCCAAACUCCCCCACCAGGACACCCAUUGGAUCACCGACUGGCACCUGGAGAUUCAACAGCAAUGGGGUUGGCAGCCUCAACAACACAAUCGACAGUAUUGAUGGCUCAGACGAAUUUGUGGCUUCCCUUGCCAACUCUCCCAUUCAUCCUUCAGAAGAGGCACGCAAUCGGCUGGUCAGGCCCAAAUCCCUUCUGGAUAGAGCAAGGAUGAAUGUAUCCUGGCUUGACUCCUCCCUCUCUAUCAUGGAACAAGGAGUUCGAGAGUUUGACACUCUCCUCCUCCGCUUCAAGUUCUUCUCCUUUUAUGACCUCAACCCUAAAUACGAUGCUGUGCGUAUCAACCUCAUCUUUGAGCAGGCUAAGUGGGCCAUCAUGAAUGAAGAAAUCGACUGCACCGAAGAAGAAAUGCUCAUGUUUGCAGCUCUGCAGCUCCAAGUAAACCUGCAAGUCAAUCAACCACAGCCGGACAUGAACAGUGGAGGCGAGGAUGACAUUGACCGUGCACUCAGUGAACUGCAGAUGUCAUUGGAGGGCUCCCAUGUGUCCUCCACUCCAGCUGACAUCAUGCACAUCCCAGAACUUGCAGACUACCUCAAAUUUAUGAAGCCACGUCGUUUCACACUGAAGGGCUUCAAACAGUACUGGUUCACAUGUAAGGACAUGAACCUCUGUUAUUACAAGACCAGUGAUGGCACCAAUGAGGACCCCAUUGAGAGGAUCAGUCUGAGAGGAUGUGAGGUUACUCCCGACGUGAAUAUUUCACAGCAGCGCUAUGGUAUCAAGCUGGAAGUGCCAGCCUCAGAUGGCAUGACAGAUUAUCUUAUCAGAUGUUCCUCAGAGGAACAGUAUGCGAGAUGGAUGGCUGCCAUGCGUCUGGCGUCCAAGGGAAAAUCACUCGCAGACUCUUCUUAUGACAGUGAGGUCAAGUCUAUCCUGGCAUUCCUGUCCAUGCAGCAUCCAGCUCCUGCUCCUGUCAUCAAUCCAGAGAGCCUAGACAUCCAGCCAGAGCUUUACCUAGCACCUAGGUUUGUGCGUCGCAUAAGAAGCAAGGGGGGCUGGUGUGCUGGCCCAUUACCUGACAAUAUGGCAGUGCAGCGCAUUCUGGAAGCUCACGCCAAUGUUAAGGACCUACCACUGACAGAAGCCAAGCUGCAGUACAUCCGGGCUUGGCAAGCUCUGCCCGAGUAUGGCAUUGCACUGUUCUUGGUGAAGCACAUGGGACACAAGCGUGAGGAGUUGCUAGGUGUGGCCUUCAACAGAAUAAUGAGGAUGGAACCUAACACUGGUGACCACAUCAAGACAUGGCGUUAUAACACCAUGAAGGCUUGGAAUGUCAACUGGGAGACAAGACACAUGAUGAUCCAGUUUGAAGAGGAAAAUGUGGUGUUCUCUUGCUUGACUGCUGAUUGCAAGGUGGUUCACGAGUUCAUUGGUGGAUACAUUUUCCUCUCCAUGAGGACGAAAGAUGCAAACCAGAACCUGAAUGACGAACUCUUCCACAAACUGACGGGAGGCUGGGUCUGAAGAGGGAGGUAGACACUCUGCUUACACUCAUAGAAGUUGGCUUAAUGCCAUAUCAUUUUAGCUUUUAUUUUUUUUUCUCUUAUCUUUAUAUACUGAUGGUCAUUUAAACUUGUAUGUUAAGUGUAACUGCAGGAAUGGCUGCUUAGCUAAUCAUUGCAAAAAUGAGUAUUGGCUUGAUGCCAGGAAAGUUGCAGAAAUGGUAUGAUUUUAUUAAUUAUUAGUAUUUUCUUUGGAAGAAAUGAGCUGACAAGCAUAAAUCCAUAAAAGAAUAGAAAGUUCAAAGUAAUGAGCUUUUUUUUUUUUUUUUUGAAGUCUGUAGAUCAUAAAGAGCACAAUUUUAGCCUUAGGGUUCUUCAAGUUUGGCAGUGGCAGCAGAUUUUGCCAGUUUUUAUAUACAAGUUAAGUCAUUGCCACAAAGGCCCUACCACAAUAUGUAGUGAUAAGUGUUCAUACCAAACUGUACAUUGGUAAAACAAAGCUGUGUGAGUGAAGCCGUGCAUGUGACUGUGUAGCUUGGAAUUUCCUUCACCAAUCUUCAAGGAAAAGAGAAUGAAAUAUCCUGAGUGUGGAAGUAAUUUGAUUGUUGCAUAUUAGAAGUCAUAUAGAGAAAAAGUUCUUCCAUGAAACAGUAUUGUUACUGAAAUGGUUAUUCUGUUUUUUUUUUUUUUUUUUUUUUUUUUUUUUUUUUUGUGAAUGACCAAUAUAAUAGACUUGGGUGAAAGUGGGUAGUUUCAUAACUUUUAUAUAUGGUGUUCUCCUGCUAUCCAUUAUUAACUUUAAAAGAAUAUGAGCAAGAGAAGGAAGCCUGAUCAUGACUUAAGCUGCACAUUGAGAAUAGAGUACUUUGCAAACAUGUUAGACUUUGAAAUAAUCAAGAGUAACAAAGAGUACUAGCAAUAUAAAUUUGAUACUGCUAUGGUUAGGUACAGGUAGACCAACACCUGAUUUAUACACUACCCACCUUCUGUAGUUAAGUUGCUAAUGUUUAUGCUUGUUAAAAUUUUAUAUGGAAUAUUGUAUGAAGUGUGAAGAAAAGAAUCAUUAUUAUUUUGAGAUUCUAUAAAAGGUCAUAGUUACAAGAACUGAUAUGUAUAAUUUUUUGUAUGCUAAAGCUUUAUUAUACUAUGCACAUUAUUUAAGCCUUCCAUUGAUCAUUUUUCUGGAUCCCAAUGUGAAUGUCAAUGUUCUGUCAUGAAAGAUUUGUCAUAAUUGUGAAGAAUAAAUUUUAAUUCAGGCAUUGCAUAAUAAUAGUUAGAUAUGCCAAGCUUUCUCAGUAGAAUGUUAUGGUGAGACUAGUAAGAUAAAAAAUAUAUUGCUUAAUAUAUACAGAGGCUGUUGCUUGCUAAUUAAGUAUUCACAUAGGUUAGAUAGUUGAGAUGUAUUGUAUGGACAGUUGCAAUGUGAAGACUAAGGGAAGGUGUCAGUUGCAGAUCUUAUUUUAACAUUUCCUAUGCUCAAAGUCAUAGACAAUCAGAACUGUAAGUUGGUCUGCACUUACCUUUAAAAAGUUGUUAUGAAGUGAUGAACUUAUGUGAAAGUUACAGACUUUUGGAAGAGACCUUAAAAGGCUUAACCUUGCUUAUCAUUUCUCACUAUAAUUUUGUUAUUAUUAUUGGUAAAGAGGUGAUGUGGUGCAAAUGAUACAAAGAUCAUGAAAGCCUAAUGGAAUUGCCAUUUCUUUUUUUAUUUUUCAUAUAUUUCGUAAAUAAUAGUGGUUAUGCUGUGAAAUGCCGGGAAAAUGUUUGUUUGGACUAGAAAUGAAGUAUAUUUUGAGUUGGCAAAGGCUUCUUGGAAUAAUUUGUAGGAUGUCUUUUAACCAAAUUUAAAGUUGAUCUUCCCAUUUUAGAUUUCUUUCAUUCUGUUUUAUUAUUUUUUUAAACUCAUCAUAUAAGGCAUGAAGUACUUUGCUGUUAGAAUAUUUGCUUUUAGUGCACAAAGUUUUUUGCAAUGAAAGUGUUUAGAAUUGCAGGGAUAUACUGGUGUUCAUGUGUAUUUGGUCAGAAUUGUAAACCUUUACACUAAAGUGAAAUAAAAAAAAAUUACAUAUAUAAAUAUAUGUGUGUUUGUGUGUAUAUAGUAUACAUAAUCACAUACACACAUAUGUAUAUAAAUAUACUUGCAUACAUAAUGUAUAUAUUCUGGUAUAUAUGAUACAAGAAAUUCCCCUCUGAUGGUACUAUAUAAUGAUCGAAAAUCUUUGAUAAAGCAGAUUAUGUCCAACUCUAAUGAUGUCUGCCAACAUGUAGCCUUAUUAAUGGUGCCUAAUUAUGCAUUUAAUGUUGAUAGAUAUUAUAUGUGUAUCUCACUUGACCUUUCAAAUUGUUCAUAUUUGUUUAUCCUUUAAAUUUUAUAUGUAUUCUUAACACAUUACCAACAAAAGGGUUGUUAUUUUUUUAAAGUGUGAAGCUACCAAACUAAUUAUUAACCUUCCUUGGACAAAUUUCCAUUAAUCUGGGAAAUAUAGAAUACAAGAGAGACUGAAGGCAGGGUUACUGUCCUAUGAUCAGAAAAUUUGCUAUUAUGAAUUUAUAGUCAUAUUUAUAUAAUUUUAGGUCAGCUCAAGUUUUUUAUUUAUCAGCAAGCAUAAGGAAGAAAGUGGGAUGGCUUUUGUCAGUGUGGAGGGUAAUUAAAAAAUGGCUCUAGUUGGGUUGUAAAUUAUAUAUCAGUUGUUGGCUUUUUCAGCUUCAAUACAACUAAUACAUGUCAAAUCCCAUAGAAAUGUAAACAUUCAGGAUCCCUGCCACCAUAUACUUUAAAGGAUAUGCAUCUGGUGUCAACUUUCUCUCCUAUAUAAUCUUCCCUAAUAAGGAAGUUUACCAGUCAUUCCUUUAUUUCUUGUUUUUACUUUGUUUUUAUUCUCUCUCAUCCCAGUCUCCUUGGUUAUAUGCGAGUCAUGAUUCCAACUUCUUCUCUCUCAUUAUAAGUUAUUUAUUAUUGAUAUGUCAUUUUUAAAAUAAAGAAUGAAAAAAAUGUGGAAUAGCAAGGAUAUAGAGUGAGAGAAUGAACACACGUUAAUGAUGAUAAGGUAAAAAUUACAGCAGUCAAACUUGUUCAAGACAGCCACCUAUGGGACCUGAAGAAAACUGAUAUUGCACAGAGGUGACGGUCUGAAACAUGUUUACUCUGUGAUAGAUCUGUUGAGAGCUGCCCAUUCUCCUGGGAGACAGAGCAAGCUAGAGUUUUGCUUUUUUCUUCCCUUGAAUAUUAAUAGACCAGAUUAGAAUGACAGAAUGCAUCGGCUUUUUUAUCAUAAUGAAAAGUGAAUAGUUUAAGGAAUCUCAGCAUGAUAACAUUAUUUCUUCCAUAAAUUUAAUAAACUUUCAGAUAUGGCAAAGGAAAAUCUGAUUGGGAGAAGUCUACUUGUUGAACAUUUACAAAGAUUUAUGGCACUAUGUGGUUAAGAGUUUUAAUCCAGAGAAAAAUAUCCUGUUGUAGGAACUCUUUGAGAGAUCGUAUUAGUUUUGUAAGAUGUUAGUCAACUUCAGAGAACUACUAUGAAACCUUAUCCAAGGGAUAGCAUUAAGAUUCUGCAUACCUCACAGUGUAACCUUGUCUUCCUAUAUAAUCUGACAUCCAUUCCCUUCCUCUUUGACCCACCUGAGAAGUGUUUUAGAUUUGUAUGUAAAUAACCCAAAUGUAUGACUGACUGUAAAUAUACUUUUAAUUGUUUUUUCUCUGCUCAUUUUUGUUGUCUCAAAAAAAAAAAAAAAAAAAUACUUAGCUUCACUUUUACAUGCAUCUUUCCCGAUGUAGUGAUGUGGUUGGUCCUUGUAACAGGAAAAUGCAUUGCUGAUUAAUUUACCAAAUAUAUGUGAUACCCAGUA